AGUGCCAGGAGUGCGCAGCGAGACGGGAAAUUGCAAAAGUCCUCGCCCCUCUGCCCUCCCCCGCGGCUUUCCCGUAACUCCCGCCCCUGGGCGCGCGCCCCGCAGCUGAUUCAUUGCCCGGGCGCGGGGCCGGCCCUGCACGUCCACACCCGCGCUCGCCCCCGCCUCGCACCGCGGCGGCAGCCAAGCCGACGACUCAGCCCGGCUCACGGAGCCUUACCGCCCGCGGGAAAACCAGAACCUAUGGCUCUCUUUGCAGUUUUUCAGACAACAUUCCUCUUGGCAUUGCUGUCCUUGAGAACUUACGAAAGUGAAGUCUUAUCUGAACCUUUACCAUUAACUCCUGAAUCGCUGAAAGUUUCUGUCAAUUCUACGUGUCAGUGUUUGCAUUUACAAUGGACUGUCCAGAGCCUCGCUUAUCAUCAGGAAUUGAAAAUGGUUUUUCAGAUGCAGAUCAGUAGAUUUAAAACAUCCAAUGUCAUCCGGGUGGAGAACUACAGCACCACUGUGAAGCGGAACCAAGUUCUGCAUUGGAGCUGGGAAUCCGAGCUCCCUCUGGAAUGCGCGGCACACUUUAUAAGAAUGAGGAGUAUGGUGGAUGACGCCAGGAUUCCCAAGCCAGGGUUCUGGAGCAACUGGAGUUCAUGGGAGGAAGCAGAUGCACAGAAUUUGCUUGGACAUGAUCCAUUGUUUGUCUUCCCUAAAGAUAAGCUGGUGGAAGAAGGCUCCAACGUCACCAUUUGUUACGUUUCUAGGCUCCAUCAGGAUAACAUAUCCUGUUAUUUGGAAGGUGUACAGAUAUAUGGAGAACAGCUUGAUCGAAGCGUGUCUGCAUUCGAGUUGAAGAACGUGUCUUUUAUUAGGGAAAAAGGGACAAAUGUCUUCUGUAAGGUGGACCAGGGAGGAGUUUUGGGAGGCAUCGUUCUCUUUGUCUCAAAAGUGCUUGAAGAGCCCAAGGACUUUUCUUGUGAAACCCAGGACCUCAAGACUUUGACCUGUACUUGGGAUCCCGGGAGCGACACUGGCUUGAGUAAACAGCCUUCCCAAAGCUAUACUUUAUUUGAAUCAUUUUCCGGAAAAAAGACACUUUGUAAACACAGAAACUGGUGUGAUUGGCAAGUCGCUCAAGGCUCACAAGAAACUUAUAACUUCACACUCCUGGCUGAAAACUACUUCAGAAAAAGAAGUGUCAGUAUUCUUUUUAACCUGACCCAACGAGUUCAUCCAAUGACUCCCUAUAACUUAUUACCUAAAAAUGUUGGUGCCACAAAUGCCACCAUGACCUGGAAGGUACACUCCAUUGGAAACAAUUCCACACUUUUGUGUCAGCUUGAACUCCUUGCUGAAGGAAAAGUGAUACAACAAAGCAAUGUUUCCAUCAAGGUGAAUGGUGAGUACCUCUUAAGUGAACUGGAGCCUGACACAGAAUACGUGGCCCGAGUACGCUGUGCUUAUACCAACCACUUCUGGAAAUGGAGUGAAUUGAUCAGUCAAAAAUUCAACACAGCUGAAGCUGCUCCCUCAGAGGCUCCCGAUGUCUGGAGAAACUUGAAGAUGGUGUCGGGACAUCCUACUGUGAGUUUAUUCUGGAAGCCACUCUCAAAAGUGCAUGCCAACGGGAAGAUCCUGUUCUAUAAUGUAAUUGUAGAAAACCUAGACAAGCCAUCCAGGUUCGAGGUCCUCUCCAUCCCUGCUCCCGCCAGCAGCACAGAACUAACCCUCGAUCAGUGUUCUUACCAAAUCCAUGUCACAGCUCACAACAGUGUGGGCCCUUCUCCUGCUUCCGUAAUUGUCGUUUCUGGAGACCCUGGAAACGAAGAGGUUGAAAAAGGAAGAGUUAACGGCACAGAGGAUGGAUUUUCUGUGUCUUGGAAACCCCAAUCCGGAGAUGCCACAGGCUAUGUUGUGGAGUGGUGUGAUGGUCCCCAGGACCUGCCCUGUGUUCUCCAGUGGAAAAACCUAGGCCCCAAUACCACAAGCACAGUCAUUAGCUCGGGUGCUUUUAGACCAGGGGUUCGAUACAACUUCAGAAUUUAUGGAAUUUCUACCAAAAGGAUGGCUCAUUUAUUAGAGAAAAAAGCAGGAUACUUGGAGGAACUGGCUGAAUCUUUGUCCAUCGCUCUGAUAAUGGUUUUUCAACAAUGCCCCGGAAGUAGAAUACUCGAGCCAAAAGCUCCUUCAGACAACCCUCAAGUGGUCAUGAGUAAGUUGACCUCCCACUCCUUCACUCUGAGUUGGAAGGAUUAUUCCACUGAAUCCCAACCUGGCUUUAUACAAGGAUACCAUGUCUACCUGAAACCCAAGGCGGGGGAGCAGUGCCACCCGGCAUUUGAAAAGACAGUUCUUCCAGAGGAUUCAGUAUGUUGCAAAUACACAAUUGACAACCCCGGACAAAAGACAUUUGUUGUGGAAAAUCUACAGCCGGAAUCCGUCUAUGAGUUUUUCGUCACUCCUUACACAACUGUUGGCGAGGGUCCCCUGGAUGCCUUCACAAAGGUCACAACUCCGGAUGAAUACUCCCAUACACUGAUACACAUCAUCCUGCCCAUGAUUUUCUGCGUUUUGAUCGUCAUGAUAAUUUGCUACUUAAAAAGUCAGUGGCUGAAGGAGAAGUGUUAUCCUGAUAGUCCAAACCCUUACAAGAGCAGUGUCCUGUCAUUAAUAAAAUCCAAGGAGAAUCCUCAUCUAACAAUAAUGUAUGUCAACGACUGUGUUCCAGAUGCUAUUGAAGUUAUAAACAAGCCCGAAGGGAGUAAGAUACAGUUCUUAGGCACUAGGAAGUCACUCACAGAAACUGAAUUUACUAAGCCUGCCUACCUUUACCUCCUUCCGACGGAGAAGAACUACUCUGGCCCUGGACCUUGCAUGUGUUUUGAGAACUUCACCUAUAAUCAGGCAGCUUCUGACUUUGCUUCUUGUGGACAUUUCCCAGUAACCCCUCAAGCCCCACCACAUCAGCUGGGACCACUGACUUCACCUGAAAAUUUACUAAAGGCACUGGAACAAAACUACAUGAAUUCCCUGGGAGAAAUCCCAGCCGGAGAAGCUAAUUUGAAUUAUGUGUCCCAGUUGGCUUCACCCACCUCUGGAGACAAGGACAGCCUGCCAACAAAUCCACCAGAGCCAGCACUCUGUUCAGAGUAUAAAAUGCAAAUGGCCAUACCCCUGGGUCUUGCCUCCGCUCCCCCAAGUGAGAACAGCAGCCUCUCCUCCACUACCCUUUUAGGUCAAGGGGAACACUGCCCCUAAGCAGUGUACCCAUUUCGUAUCCUUACGCUACACAGACCCUAGGAGAAGCAUAGCCGGCACCAUUCCAUCACCAGAUACCUCAGGGCUUAAUCCCAGUGAGCUAUCAUCACCAUUGUCAGGUCUGAUUUAUAUAAUCUUGCUAGGUUUUGAAGGUCAGAAGCUAUGAAACUUAACAUUCAUCCUUGGAGCAGGCUCACUGUAGAAAUGGCAGGAUCAUGGGAACAGGCUUACCUUGCUGCUGCGUGUUCCACGUUCACCUUUGUAACAGCAGACUUGGCACUUGACAUAGGGAUAGACCCCAUCCACUCAGUACUGGACAGGUCCUUGAAGUUCAGUUUUUAGUAAGAAAGUAUUUCCAUUAAGUUUUACCCCACAUUUAAUAUCUCAAGAGUAAAGGAACUAGAUUUCAGGCUUUAAUAAAGGCUACAGAAGAUUCGUUACUGGAGCAUAAAUUGUCAAUGUUAAUUUAUUCUGGGUGUGUUUAAUGAAGUCACAGAUAUUUGAUACCAAAACAGAUUUUAGACUUGCCUUGAAGUGAUGAUAAUUUGUAGUUCACUGAUGUAGUAAAAUGAACUCUUCCUAUUAGACCUUAUCUAAUAGGUAAGACAUGCGAAUGAAUCGAUGAGAUCCCCACAAUUGUCCUGCUUAGUUUACCACGGUUAAAGAGUGGGACUGGCAUGGAACCCCUGCCUCAGUGUCAAGAUUAUAGCACUCCUACUUAGUAGGCAUGUCUUCUACCACAACUUUUGAUGACUACCUCAGAACAGAUAAAAGGAUAAUGUCAUUAAUUCCAUCCACAUUUAUGGUUCCUCGUUUUUUCAAGAACUCUGGUAUAUAAAUGACCUAUUUUCAGUAAGCAUCUUUUGGACUCUGCAGUAGGCUGUCUGGGUCAAGAUAAUGCCUUCACUGUCUCCUUAUAUUCCUGUUAUGCUAACAUAAUAAAGUGAAACCUCAUUGUUGAA